UGUUUGGGUGUUCAGUGAAAUCGUUUUGUGACAAGUGCGUUUUUUUUGGGAUUCCAUUUCGAAAUGGCCAAACAGGUAUUCAUAGUAGCAGCUAUCUUGGGCUCAGCCAUUGGUGCUCGGCUCGACAAUCUUUAUCUACCAGCCAACCAGAAAUCAUUCUCCAGCGGUGGUAGCUAUUCGGGACAGUAUUCUUCCAACCCAAACAACCAAAUACCUAUUCUAAGGUUGGACACGGAUAAUAAUGGUGAAGGAACGUACAGCUACGCUUAUGAGACCGGACAUGGAAUCUCAGCCCAAGAACAAGGCGAUGCCAGAGGCGACGGCACCAAAGCCCACGGCUCGUACUCUUACACUGCACCUGGAGGUGAACGCGUCUCCAUCACCUACACAGCCGAUGAGAACGGAUACCAGCCCCAAGGAUCUCACAUCCCCACUCCUCCCCCAAUCCCGGAAGCCAUCUUAAAAUCUCUUCAGCAGAAUGCGGCCGAAGAAGCUAGGGGUGUUUUCGACGACGGCCAGUACAGGGGUGAAGGUCUGGAUGACGGGCAGUACCGCGCCCAAGGUUACAGCACCAAGGGAGCCAGUUCAGGAGGCCAUUUUGGCAAGAGUGGAUCUAGUGGAUUCGGAGGUUAUAAAUACUAGGACACUCGUGUGGAACUAUUUAUUUACCUAUUGUAUGUCUGUAAUUUAUGUAUUAUAUUUUUAUAUGAAACCCAAUGUACGCAACUGCUGUAAAUAA